AUGAAUAAUUCAAGAUCAUUCCAAUAUCAAAUUCUCAAGUAUUGGCUCGAUAUGUCUAUCUCACAAAGAGUCCGCAUCUUUCAAAUCCAAAAUUCUUCUCUCGGGCCGACUCCAAAUCGCCUAUACCAUGCUUCAAGAUAUCUCCAGGAUCAGAAUAUCAAUUCACAAAUAGCUCCAAAAUUCUCAAUCAACACCAAACACAUCCGCCAGAAUCCAAUCCUUCACGAAAAAAACUGCCUGGAACGUAAUUACAUUGCUCAGUCUAAAUAUCCGGCAAAAAUAUGCAGUUUAUUCGACGAGUAUCAGACUAAUAUAACUGGAUCCCGAGCCCUGAGAGAAAGAAAUAAUCAAGUAAAUCGAAAGAUUGCGCUAAAGGCUGCCCCAUCAGAAUCAGUAUCCGUAGAUUCGUUAGAUUCGGGGCAGUGUUCGAGGGAUGCGUUACUAAUGGAAGCUCGCUCUCUCAAGAAUGAAUUAUCUGGAAUCAAGACAAGGCAGACUGAGCUCCAGACUGAAAUAGACCAACUUGCUGCGGCAAUCCCAAAUAUCACUAGCGAUAAAACACCAAGAGGUUUUGUUCCUUGUGUGAAAGGCUACUUUAAUGAACUUCCUGACUCGGAUUCGCCCUCCUGCAAAGUAUGGCGCUCACAUGUUGAGAUUGCUCGAGAGCUCAAUCUUAUGGAUUUUUCUGGUGCAGCCGUGACUAGUGGAUGGGGAUGGUACUACCUACUCAAUGAAGCAGUACUUUUAGAGCAAGCCUUGAUUCAAUACGCAUUAUCUGUAGCCAGGAAGCAUGGAUGGUCUCUUGUAAGCCCUCCUAGUAUGGUCUAUAGCCAUAUAGCUCAAGCGUGCGGCUUCCAACCUCGGGAUCAGAAUGGCGAGCAACAGGUCUAUAAUGUCCAACAGCCAAGCGCCGAUAUAGGUCGUAAACCACAAUUAUCUCUUACAGGGACUGCCGAAAUACCUCUUGCAAGUAUGAAAGCUAACCAAACGCUCGAAGCAACCGAUCUCCCAUUAAAAUUUGUCGGUGCCUCCCGCUGCUACCGCGCCGAAGCUGGUGCCCGUGGUAGUAAUACGAGGGGUCUCUAUCGUGUCCACGAGUUUACAAAAGUUGAAAUGUUUGCCUGGACUCUACCAGAUGAUGAGGCAUCUACAAUCGUCUUUGACGAGAUUUUAUCGAUCCAAACAGAGAUAUUAAGUGCACUCAAUCUACCCUGCCGAAUUCUAGAAAUGCCAUCAACGGAUCUAGGUGCCUCAGCAUCGCGAAAAUGUGAUAUAGAAGCUUUCUUUCCGAGCCGCCGUGCCAGAGAUGAUGGCUGGGGCGAAGUUACUAGUGCAAGCACCUGUACUGAUUAUCAAACUCGACGCCUGGCAACACGCCUGCGCUCUCUGCAACCAAGUAGUGAAGAUGUUCCUACAUUUCCAUUUACAAUAAAUGGGACGGCACUCGCAAUUCCACGGGUAUUAGCAGCACUAUUAGAAAAUGGAUGGGUAGAAGAAAAGAGUCAUGUAGUGAUACCGAAAGCUUUAUGGCCAUGGAUGGAUGGACUAAAAGUACUUAAGAAGUGCUGA